ACAAUAAAAUGUGUGCAAAUACUGUCCACAGAGAUGAAUCCCCACCUCAGUUGGUACAGAAAAGCAUGAUAAAGGUUGGAAAAAACGGAUAAAAAUGUUGAAAGAACCUCCAGUUCCUUAUUAGGCGAAGAUACAAUAUUUAUUCCUUGUCUCCUGGGAUAAAUCUCUUCUGCCUAUUGUCCUCCCAGUUCUCGGUGCUGAUGCUUAAUUUUCAAAACUUCUAUAUUACCAAGGGACCUACGACAUCAGCCAAAGAAAUACUCAGCAAGUACAAAAUCUGUUCCAGGGAGCUGCUUUUGUGCAGAGGGAAAAUUUUGUUCCUACAGGUUUUUAAGUGGGUACAAGGCAAGGAGCUAUCUGGUCUGGGCAAAACCAUUACAAUUUAGAUCUCUAUCUAUAGAACUUUUUUCUUCCUUAAAAAAAUUGGAAAAUACAAGAAGUUUGGAUUUUUUUUUUUCCCGAUUCUUUUUUUGGAGGGGGAAAUUGCAUCGUAAGCUUUCGGAGAAACCCAACAUGUCAACUACCUUUCCGGGACUAGUCCACGACGCCGAGAUACGUCACGACGGAUCAAACAGCUACCGUUUGAUGCAGCUUGGCUGUCUGGAGUCCGUGGCCAAUUCCACUGUCGCCUAUUCCUCCUCCUCUCCUUUAACUUACUCCACCACCGGCACCGAGUUUGCGUCCCCCUACUUCUCCACUAACCACCAGUACGCCCCGCUGCACCACCAGUCCUUCCAUUACGAACUCCAGCACAGCCACCCGGCGGUCACCCCCGACGCCUACUCGCUGAACUCUCUGCACCACUCGCAGCAGUACUACCAGCAGAUCCACCACGGGGAGCCCGCAGACUUUAUUAACCUGCACAAUGCGCGGGCACUCAAGUCCUCCUGCCUGGACGAGCAAAGGCGGGAGCUGGGCUGUCUCGAUGCCUACCGUCGCCACGACCUGUCCCUCAUGAGCCACGGCUCUCAGUAUGGGAUGCACCCAGAUCAAAGACUUCUGCCAGGGCCCAGCCUGGGGCUGGCCACCGCGGGCGCGGACGACUUGCAGGGCUCUGUGGAAGCUCAAUGUGGGCUUGUCCUCAAUGGCCAAGGUGGAGUGAUAAGAAGAGGUGGAACUUGUGUGGUCAAUCCCACUGACUUGUUUUGCUCCGUGCCUGGCCGCUUGUCUCUCCUCAGCUCUACCUCCAAGUACAAGGUGACCAUCGCUGAGGUAAAGAGGCGCCUGUCACCCCCUGAGUGUCUCAAUGCCUCUCUCCUGGGCGGCAUCCUGAGAAGAGCGAAAUCAAAGAAUGGAGGCCGCUGCCUGAGAGAGAAACUGGACAGGCUUGGCUUGAACUUGCCGGCAGGAAGACGGAAGGCCGCGAAUGUCACCCUCCUCACCUCCUUGGUUGAAGGGGAGGCCUUGCACUUGGCCCGGGACUUCGGCUACACGUGUGAAACAGAGUUUCCUGCCAAAGCGGUAGGAGAGCACCUCGCCCGACAGCACAUGGACCAGAAGGAGCAGACAGCAAGGAAGAAGAUGAUCCUCGCAACCAAACAAAUCUGUAAAGAGUUCCAAGACCUCCUGAGCCAAGACAGAUCACCACUGGGCUCGUCUAGACCCACCCCAAUUCUAGACCUUGACAUUCAGAGACACUUGACACACUUCAGUUUGAUCACUCAUGGCUUUGGGACUCCAGCAAUAUGUGCAGCUCUAAGCACUUUCCAGACAGUCCUCAGUGAGAUGCUGAACUACUUGGAAAAACACACUACGCACAAAAACGGUGGAGCGGCAGAUUCCGGCCAAGGACAUGCCAACCCAGAGAAAGCCCCCCUGCGGAAAACUUCAGAGGUUGCCGUGAAAGAGGGAAAAACAGAAAAGACAGACUAGCUACAUCAAACAGAAUCUAUUUCCAGAGUCUUGCUGCUGAUAUUUUUUCUAAUAUAUAUAUCAUUGAGGGUGACUGCUCUUCAGUGGACCAAAUCUCUGCCCUCCCCCAAACCUACAUUUAGAAAAAAAAAAUGGAAAUGAAA